UAAAUGUACGUAUUUUCUUAUCCUGGUAUUUAAGUCUGAGAAUUAUGUUGAUGAAAUAAAGAAGAAACGAAAUAGCAGUUUUGUACGAAAACCUUACUGCUCUUAUUACUUCAGGCUAUGCAAUGCGUACUACCACAAACAUGCGGUCUGUUUAUAUGGGAAUUGGUACAUUCAGUAUCGUAUUAUGUGUAAUAUACGCAUCUUAUAAGUGGUCGGCUAUUUCUGAAAUUCACUUAUCACAUCAUCAAAGUUACACGAGCGAUCUGAACACAACAUCAGACAAGUUGAGAUAUCGUAACCCGUUUUGUGAAAACAUCUUAUAUAACUUGAGCAAUGGUCAGUGGGUGAAAAGGAUUUAUAGUUUUAAUAAAAAUGAAGAGGAAUACAAGAAAUUACUGAAAGAAGAAAGAGAAUUGGAUUAUUCCUUGACUGAAUUUCGUAUAAAACGAGGAAUACAUACACGACUAUGGAGAGAUGACAACAAAUGUGGAUUUAGCAACGUGCAGACAAAGCCAAAAGGAAAUGCGUGGGCGGCUCCUGCAGGAAGUUGGUGUGAUGCGAAAAGUGAGAGACCUUGUUGCAGUGACAUGAAUGAUGGUAGUUGUGGAAGCAUAUGUGAUUGUCCCAAUUGCGUUGAUACCAGGAAGAUAUAUCACGCUGAAAUAAGUGAAUGGAUUCCAUUUGAUUCUUCAUGUCGACGACGAAACUACACAGCAGCACAAGCUUGUGAAGUUGUCAAUCGGUUCUCUCAAAUAUACUUUGUUGGUGAUUCGUUUGUGAGAAAAAUGGCAAGAGGUUUUGUUUUGACUUUAAGGUCCGAUCCAACGUAUGGAUUUUUACUGGCACGGUAUGAUGAAAAUUUCACCAAGCUAUGUGUUGGCGCUGACCAGUUAUAUUGGACAGAAUGUAGAAUUGACGGGGGAGAGAUACUCAAAAAUCUUCUAGAUAAAACUCCUUUUUGUGGAAGCCAGACACCACUCGUUACUCUUAAUAAUUGGUACAAUCAUGCAUCUGCAAACGGGUUUUUAAAUUUAGUGAAAAGUUUGACUGGAAAAGUUGGUUCAAUUUUGCUGGUUGGUCAAGGUGGACACGACGGAUGCAAAUCUGAAGUGACUAUUGAGAAAUUUUUGAGUCCCGUGAUUCAACAUUUGGAUGAUUUCUACAAAGAUUAUAACAACACGACUGUUAAACCCUCGAAAGUAUUUAAAAAGAUUCAUCGAUGGCCACAUAUCAUUUUUAUGUAUCCUGACUCUAACGGAAUAUUAAAACCAAAAGCAUAUCAUGCAGCAAACGGUAAUAUUGUUUGUAAAAAAUUUUCUAGGGAAAUGAAAGUAUAUUGCGAUGCUCAUAAUAUUCCUGUACUUGAUUUUUCCGGUCUUACAUCAAGUGUUCACAGUUAUGAUGGAGCACAUCACGGCCUAGGAGUAAAUAUUAUGAAAGUCCAGAUUUUACUCAAUUAUCUCGAUUAUAUAUAUUAGUCUGGAUAUUUACGAUGAACAAAAUUUGUCAAUGUUUACUUAUUCAAAUAAAUCCAAGUAUAAGCUACUCAAUAUCUAAUCUAGAAUAAAUCCUCUGUACCAAGGGUUCUCAAACUUUUGGUGUUAUGUAUAGCCCGUGAAGAGGUUGACUAUUAUUUAUGGAGCCUCACAAUAAAUAAAAAUCACAACAAAGAAACUUAUUGUUAAUUACCGAUUAAUGUUCCUGAAUACAUAAAAUUUACUUUAUUUAUUGUCCUCGGAUGUAUUUGCUGCUUUAUAUUUAGAAUAUUAAAACUCCAAGGAACUUUAUCUCAUGUUUCAUUCUGUUUAUUCAUUUUAUUUAUUAGUUUGAAGUUUCAACUAGUCUUUGCAUAUGUUUCGUAUUUUCUUUCAUCUGCUUUCUGUAGCCUACAUGGAAAUUAAGAUGCUUGUGAAUCACUUUUGGACGUUUAAUUUCAUGCAUUGGUUUUGUACUGAGACACAGAAUCAAUCUAUAGAUGAAUUUAGCAAUUUUUGUGGGCUUCUAAAUUUGUUUUUCUCUUAAUUUUCAACCCUCGUUAGACCAAUCAUUUCCCAAUUUGUAGUUAUUAAAAAUCAAAAUAUUAGUCAGAAGCCUAUUUUUAUAUUUGUUUUUCAAUUUGGGGGGGGGGGACUCAGAGACCUGUUUUUAACCCUAAUUAAUCUAUUUUUGAUGAAUAAUCUAGGUCUAGGAACACAUCGACUCUGUCGUGCUAAACCAAUGUCUUUCGUUUAUAUGAUAUUUUAAUACAAACCACAAGCAACUUAUUUUAA